CGCUGACUUCGCCGUCCGGCGCAUAGAGAUGACGUAGGGAGCCAGUGAUGGCGGAAGUGAGAGGAGCGGAGCGGCUCUGCAGAUCGGUUCACCAAUGACCUGAACACCAGACUGGCGCUGUAUUCCAAUGCUGAAGUCAGAGAGGUCGUUUUCCUGAUCCAGCGCCAUGCUGUUCUCCUUGCGGGAGCUGGUCCAAUGGCUGGGGUUUGCCCAGUUUGAGAUUUUCAUCCACAUCUUGGCCUUGCUGAUAUUCACCGUCCUGCUGGCCAUCAAAGUGGAUGGGUUGGUCCCCAGCCUAGGGUGGUGGAACGUCUUUAUUCCUUUUUUUGCCGCCGAUGGACUAAGCACCUAUUUCACUUCCAUCGUCACCGUGCGGCUGUUCCAGGAAGGAGAGAAGCGCCAGGCUGUCCUGCGCCUCUUCUGGAUCCUCACCAUUCUCAGCCUCAAGUUUGUCUUUGAAAUGCUGUUAUGCCAAAAGCUGGUGGAGCAGGCCAAGGAACUGUGGUUUGGACUCAUCAUGUCUCCCAUCUUCAUUCUUCUCCAGCUGCUCAUGAUCCGAGCUUGUAGGGUCAAUUAAAUGGGAGAAACACAGUUGUAUUAUAUUGUUCCUCCCCUCUAGUACCCUUUCCUGUAUGUUUAUUUAUUAAAACCUUACCUAUAGAAUCACA